AACCUCAGCUUCCAUACCGUUUCCCGUUCCUCCUAAACCCUUCGGCUCCUCCCUUCUCACGAUGUUCCGCCGCGCCGCCGCGUCUACCUUCUUUCGCCAUGCCCUCUCCACCUCACCAUACUCCUCCUCCGCCGCCGCCGCCGCCGCGGCCGCCUCCUCCUCCGCCGUGAACUCCAUCAUCCUCCGCUCCCUCAAGGAGCACUUCCUCGAGGUCUCCAAGAUGACGCCCCCGCCCAAGAUCAGCCCGCCCAAGCCCUACACGAUCGUCAAGGGCGCCCUGGACCAGGCAUCCGGCCCCGUGCUCCGCCGCGGGUACGGGGAUGCCGGCGAGGAGAUCUCAAUCUCCGUCGCCAGGCUCGCCAACAUCAUGCCCCCCGGCGCCGACUACGACUCGGACGACGACGACGGCGGCGGGGGUGGGGUGAGCGAGUCGAUUAGCCAGCUUUUCCUCCACGUCGACAUCUCCAGGCCAGGGAGCAGCAAGUCGCUGCAGUUCCUGUGCGGGCUGUACCCCGACGCCGUGGGGAUCCAUUCCGUCUGCCUCCGGCCGAAGACUGCCGAGUCUGGGACGGCGGGUUUGGCUGGGAAGGGCGGUGACGGGUACCAGGGCCGUAUCUUCCAAGAAUUGGAUGAGAAUGUGCGUGAUGCAUUCCAUCAUUACAUCGAGGCCCGUGGUAUAAAUGAGAAACUCUUCCCUUUCCUACAAGCUUGGCUGUAUGUGAAGGAUCACCGCAAUCUCAUACGCUGGUUCAAGAGUGUGGGUACACUGAUCAGUGAGCCAAAGUCUGAGUAAGAUGUUAAUAACAUCUUGCUGAAGAUCACAUCGGGGAGGCGAUACUAGGAAUGUUUCUUGCCUGUUUGAGAAAACCCAGAAGAUUUGGAGCUAUGCUACAAUAAAGCAAAUGCGGCACACGAUAUUGCAUUAGUGGGGGUUUCUUCGUUCUGUUUAGUUUAACUAAGCCCCUGGGGAGUAGAUCGUCACUGGAGGGCUUGAUGUGUAGGAUUACUAGCGUGAGUUUUCAAUAUUCCUGUGAUUGGAUGCUCUACCAUUAGUUGUGCAUUACGAUAUAACCAUGCACUUGAACAAUUUAUGCAUCCUUCCUAUAAUCAUGGCUAUAGGGUUACAAAAUUAGCCUGAAGGAGCCGGAAACUAUUGGUAAUUUUUGUAAGAGAGCACAUCCCCAACUUUUAUAGAAAGGCCAUCAUUAGAUGAUUACAACACAAUCACUUGGGGAGUUGGGGGUAUAGAGAACUGUACAAGAUUACAGAUGAAUAUGACUCCUUUCGGUUCCAUUUCCAAUUA